UUUUUUUUUUCAAACCUCGGUCAGUCUUUCCAGUCUAGCAGGAUGGCAGGCCCAAAGUGGUUCAAAACGUCACUCAACAGCCGAGUCUUUGGCUCUUUCACUCGCCAACAACGGCCGGUCGCGACCGUUGAAUACUCUUCCGGUCAUGCUUUCCUUUGCUUUUGCACCCUAAAAUCUGUGAAUUCCAAAAGUUUAUAUACCCCAGACUUUAAGCUCAUUCCAUCCCCGGAUUUUUUUUGUUUCAACUCCCAUCUUCCCAUCGUUGCUGUGUUGGUGCAUCACAUCCAUUGUUGAUUAUUGACAUUCUCCCAGCCCAACCCCUGAAUUUGGGUCAUCCCCUGAAAAGAGACAAACAAUUUGCAUUGUCAACAACGCUCGGCAUAUUCCGCAUUCUCGCUUUGCUUCACCACCAACCCACCCACCAAGCCAUACGGAAGAGACAAACGCCGAUAUUUUUAUCAACAGGGUUUUUGGCUGAAAGUGAGAAGAGAGAAAGAAAAAAAGGUUUAUAUCCUUGGCUUUACGCCCCCCGCCUUCCCAACCCACCACCACCAUCACCACCUUCCUUCCUUCCUUCCCUCCUCUGCGGGGUGUAAUAACCGACCAAACAAGCUUAGAGAAAAGGCUCUAAGACCAACUACUGCAUCCCUAUUGUAGUAGUCAUUAGAGUUGCAUACUUUUCUUUGGUGUCUUGCCUUUCAUUCUUUUUUAUUUUAUUACCCUACCUUAUCCGUUCGUUUAUAAACCACACCCCGAGACUUUACAUCCCGAAACCCGGAGAUCUUUGACCGAGAGAGAAAAAAGAGGGUUUCCCGGCUUUUCAGCGAGAUUCUCCAGUUCUCUCUCUCCACAAAUACCCAAUUAACCACUCACGAAUCCCAAGAAUCCCCGAACAAGGAGUCACCCAUCCCUCGGGGAAAGGUGUAUCCACCCGGGGCCGAUCGAGAACACAUUUUUUCUCACACACGUCCAUUCUUUCUUUUUGGAUUUCCCAAUCCCUUUCCCGCUUGUUGUGCCGCUUCGAUCCCUCCUAUCCCCGCGUUCUCUUUGGCGCCGACCAUUUGUUUUGUGUGGUUGUUAGAAAGGGCCUGUGACUUUUUCGCAAGUCCCUUUCACACACAAAAAAAAAAUCAGCUCGGUCCGAUUCGGCCGGGUGAGUGUGCCCGCCCCCCACCACCCAACCCCGGAGCAACGGAAGAAACGACAACUACAUAGGUGAUCGAUAAUGGUCAAGGACGCAAACGAAUGGCCGUCCCCGGCCGACUCGGGAGUCAUGGACGGAGGUGUGACGGUUGAGAAGAAGGGACCGACAGGCGGUGAUGCAGAAUCGGAUCAGCAGGGAGAGCUGCAGAGGACCCUGUCGGCGAGGCAUCUCAACUUUAUCGCCAUCGGCGGUACGAUCGGGACGGGUUUCUUCCUGGGCAGCGGCACGGCGCUUUUGAAGGCUGGUCCGCUGGGGUGUCUGCUGUCUUAUCUGUUUGUUGGGACCAUGCUGUGGUCGGUCAUGGUGAGCUUGGGCGAGUUGUCGACGUAUAUCCCUACCGCAGGUGCCUUUUCGACGUAUGCGACGAGGUUUGUUGACCCGAGUUUGGGUUUUGCGGUUGGGUGGUUGUAUUGGUUUGGCUGGGCUAUCACGUACGCUCUUUCUCUCAGUGCAUCGGGCUUGAUUAUUCAGUACUGGAACGAGGAUAUAAACAUUGGCAUUUUCAUCGCUGUCUUUUUCGUCAUCUUUACGCUGGUCAACUACCUCCCCGUCGGCAUCUAUGGCGAGCUCGAAAUGUGGCUGUCGAGUUUGAAGGUCAUCACCAUUCUCGGCUUUAUCAUCUUUGCCAUUUGCAUUGCUGCCGGUGCCGGACAGCAGGGCGUGAUUGGAUUCAAGCACUGGAGGGAACAAGGUCCAUUUGUCGAGCACUUGGUGUCGGGUGGUGUCGGGAAAUUCGUCGGCUUUUGGGCAGUCAUGAUUCAGGCCUCGUUUGCGUACCAGGGCGCUGAGCUUGUCGGCGUGGCUGCCGGUGAGGCUCGCAACCCCAAGAAGACUGUUCCAAGCGCCAUCCGGACUACCUUCUGGGGUAUCAUGGUCAUGUUUGUCGUCACAAUCUUUCUGCUCGGCAUGAUUGUGCCAUCCAACGACCCAACCCUCAAGGACCAGGCUGACAACGGGUCGACUAACGCCAAGGCCUCGCCUCUUGUGGUUGCUGCUGACCUUGCCGGUGUCCCCGUCUUGCCGCACAUCAUCAACGCCGUUCUGCUGACGGCUGUGCUGUCAGCUGCCAACUCCAACGUCUACUCGGGCAGCCGUGUGCUUCUUGCGCUCGCCGAGGAGGGUCUUGCUCCCAAGAUCCUGACCAAGACCAACAAGCAUGGUAUUCCAAUCUAUGCCGUGGCCGUCACCUCGGCCAUCGGCCUGCUCGGAUUUUUGAACCUGUCACCCGCCGGAGGUCAGGAGGCCUUCAACUGGCUGCUCAACAUCAGCGGUGUCGCCGGUCUUACCACCUGGGGAAGCACAUGUGCCUCGUUGAUUGGCUUCAGACGUGCGCUCAAGGCCCAAAACGUUCCCGUUUCCGACCUGCCCUACAUCUCCAAGUUCCAGCCGUUCACCGCGUGGUACGGUCUCUUUUUCAACAUCCUUGUCGCCUUGACCCAAGGCUUCGCCGUGUUCAUCGAGUGGAAGACUAGCGACUUUUUUGCCGCCUACAUCAGUCUCAUCUUGUUUGCCGCCUUCUGGAUCGGGCACAAACUCUGGUAUAGGCAAGGUUUCGUCCACCCAGCUGCCGCCGACCUCUUCCGUGGGCGCUAUGACUCGCACGAGGAGCGCGACGCGGCCGAUGGAAAGGUGUAACGACGCGAAGGGGCCCGAGUGUUUUUGGCUUUUCAAUGGUUAAUUUUGGGGCUUUAAAAGACAACGGACCUUUUGGUUCAUGAGGAAGCGCAGGCGUGUGGAUAUAUGUAUUGGAACGCAUCAUAGCGACAGUACCCUUCUGUUUUAAUUCAUAAUGGUUUCCCACACAAAGCGCCCCGAGUCCCCCAUCACAACACCAUCUUCCAGGUGACCUUUUUGCCUCUCAUCAGUUCCAACACACCGACAGGC